AUGUUGGGCAAAAUCGUUCUCGAAGAGGCCUAUGAGCGUGCCGGCAAGGAGGAGAAGUCCAAGGCCGAAGCUUCUUUGUACAUUGCCCCCGAGGACCGCGCCCGCUACAUGCGCCAGAUCCACGACAUCAAUGGCGAGCGUCUUCGUCUGUCCAACGCUCACGGCAUUGGAUACACUAUCGUCUCCCUGACCGUCCCCGGUAUCCAGGGCAUUUCCGACAAGGCCUCGGCUGAGAAGGCAGCCUUUGAGACCAACAACUGGGCUGCCGAGCAGAUCAAAAACAACCGCGACCGCAUGGAACUGCGUCGCUGUGUCCAGGAGCUCGGAUUCCACGGUGCUCUCCUCUGCGACUUCCAGCACGCCGGUCCAAACGGCGAGACAUACCUGUACUACGACCAGCCUGCCUACGACGAGUUCUGGAAGGUCCUUACCGAGCUGGAUGUCCCCCUUUACCUCCACCCCGCUGCUCCUUCCGAUGUCGUCCUGGAGAAGCUGUACGCCCAGCGUCAGAACUUGAUUGGACCCCCUCUCUCAUUCGCCAAUGGUGUCUCCCUGCACACUCUGGGUCUGAUCUCUAACGGAGUCUUUGACCGCUUCCCCACCGCCAAGGUCAUCAUCGGCCACCAGGGCGAGCAUAUUCCUUUUGACUUCUGGCGUAUCAACCACUGGUUCGAAGAUGUCAAGCGCCCCAUCGCCGACGAGGAGGGCCGUGUCAUGGCGAAGAAGACCAUCUAUGACUACUUCAAGCAGAACAUCUGGAUCACCACCAGCGGACACUUCUCCACUGCUACCUUGAAGUAUGUGGUUAAUGAAAUCGGUGUCGACCGUAUUUUAUUCAGUGUCGACUAUCCCUAUGAAACCAUUGAAAACGGCUGUGGCUGGUGGGAUAACGAUGCCAAGGCCAUUCAGGAAGCUGUUGGGGGUGUUGAUAACUAUCGCCUUAUUGGUCGUGACAACGCGAAGCAACUCCUCAAGCUUGGAUCUUUCCACGAUUCCGAUGCCCCUGUCAACUGA